UCUGUGUUGGACAAUGCAAGCAUUUUCCCACAUGGUUGAAACUUUGCUUUUAUGCGGCCUUUCUUUGGGUUUUUAUAGUACUCUUGGUUGAAUAUUUGGUGGGUGAAGCUGCUUUCUGUGGGUUUUGAGAGAGAGAGAGAGAGAGAGAGAUGGAGAGGGACUUUCUGGGUUUGAGCUCCAAAAAUGUUUCAAAAACGGUGAAAGAGGAGGCCAACGAUGAUUCUAGUAAGUCAGCAGUGCUGAGAGGUUCAGGGAUGCAGUGGUCAUUCUCAAACAAGCUUUCUGCCGUUCCUCAGUUUCUGUCUUUCAGGGAUGCUCAAGAAGAUAGGUCCAGAAAGAUUGUCCAUGAUCCAGUAGCAUCAUCUGGAUUUAUGAAUAUUUCAGCUGCUGAUGUUUUUGAAUCUAGCCAGAAACCAUAUUCUGGUGUAAUCCAGAGGAACUUGAUUGUUGAUAAGCAAGUGGGGAAUCACUAUGCAAUGAAAGUCCAUCCUCUACAACACCAUGAUGCACAUUCGGUUCAUCGCCCCCAAGAAGUGAGAAUAUUCCCAGGCUACAAUCAACAAAAUCAAACGAGUACGGUUGCUUUGGGCACUACUGUUCUCCAAUCUCAUCUUGCUCCCACAGGCCAGAACAUGGUUGGUUCUACCAUAAAACCACAACCUCUUAGAGUUGUAGCCCCUGCUUCUUUUCUUCCAUCUACUGGUUCCGUUGUUGGCACCACUGAUCUCAGGAGCCCUUCCAAAUCCUCUGGGGCACCUGCUCAGCUGACCAUCUUUUAUGCUGGUUCAGUGAAUGUUUAUAAUGAUGUUACUCCUGAAAGGGCUCAGGCUAUUAUGUUACUGGCUGGACAAGGGUCUUCUUCAACACAUAGUCACACACUUUCAACAGCUCAAGUGCCUUCCCCAUGUAAUGGUUUGAUUAAAAAUCAGUCCCAUACCAUAAUGCUGUUGCCAGGGCUCCUGAACCCUCUCACAUCGCAAGCGUGUUCUCAGUCUGGUGUAGGAACAAGUAGCACCAAUGAAUUAGCGACAGUCAAACCAACUAGAGCUUCACCAUUUUCUACUAACACUUCAGAGCCCCCUAAAGUGGUCAAUCUGGCAGAAUCCGCAGCAACAACCUUAAUUCCAACAGUGGCUUUGCCUCAAGCACGCAAAGCAUCCUUAGCUCGAUUUUUGGAGAAGCGCAAGGAAAGGGUGAUGUACACCUCGCCAUACAAUGUCAGCCAGAAAUCUGAUGGUUCCUGUCCUUUCACAGCAACCAAUUAGCCAAGAAAUAGAGAAGCAAAGAAGAGAUGUCUUCAUUGACAGUGAAUUUUGUUUUUUAUUUUGAGCUCAAUUCUUUUCACCCCAAGUUUUAGAUGAAUUAUUAGUUGUACUAUUCUAGUUUUUUUUUUUUUUUUUUUUUUUUUUUUUUUUUUUAAUUUAUUGAAAUUAGGAAUGAAGCCAUUCUGUGCCUAUAACUUUAUGACCAACUUCUUACUCAUUAUCAAAUUCAUUAUGCUGUAAAAUUAUUAUUUCUUAAAUUUGUAUGAUUUCAUCUGCAUCCUCCACGUGGGUUGACUUUCAAGUGGAACAAAUUUUGGGCAAGUGCAAGUGCAAGUGCAUGUCCAUGUGUGGAACAUGGGAGUACUUCUUAGUAAUGAUUUCUUGUGUUAAUUA